GUGCUGGCAUAUCGCCUAGUGUGUAUCAAUCAAUGUGUGUAACACGGGGGUUUUGGCUGCUCGCUGGUCCUUGAUUGCUGUGCGUGGACGUAUGGAUGUGUGUGUGCGUCCGUCUGUCUGUGUGGAUUGGAUUGUUAGUGAGCGGCUCUGAUGCCCCCUUCCACCCUCGCCCUCGCCCUCCCCUCCCCCGUGUUUGGUGCCCGUCCAUCGAGAGAUCAGAUGGACAGGGGCGGGAGGGAGUGCGGGGGUGGAAGAAAGGAAGGCGGACGAUCGCAUGAUGAUGACGAUGAUGGCGAUGAUGGUGAUGAUGGCAUUUUUUGUGUUCAUUUUGUUUCCUUGUGCGCCCCCACUGCUUGUAAAUGACGACUGACUGCUCCUGCUCUCUGAAACAGAGGGCGGGACAUGUUGAUAUGUAGCCGUAGCGAUGACACGCAACGGGACGGAACGGACGACGGGUCCUGGGCCGAUCCGUCGACAUGCCGAUGAGGAGCACUCUCUGUUCUUUUUCUUACCUUUUUCCUUUGUCCUUUCAGUCUGCCUGCCUGUUUCCUGUCUGCCGAUCACAGGGUGCCUGUUUCGCUGUGGUUUCAUGUCGACUACCUCUUCGUGUCGGCUGGACGGGACGUGUCGUGACACUGCCCUGUCCUCCCGACACGCAGACAAGGCUGACGUGGCCUCAGCUGGGCGGCACACUUGAGUUUGCGGCCAAGAGAAGAGAGUGGUGUGUUUCGCCGAGUCGAUAUGAUCUUAUGAUCUUUUUGCUUGCCCGUCGGUGUGUCGUUGUGUGCCUCGCUCGCGUUGUGGUGGGCGGGAUGAUUUGGGUGCUUGGUCAUCAGCAAUCGAGCACUUAUUUCAUGUCGUCGUCCUCUUCGGAAGCGAGCACACUCCCGGUCGUUUCAUGAGACUGACCCUCUUGGUGCACAUCAACGGGAUUUCGAUGUGAAGCAACAAAGGCCAUGUGAAAUGCGAUGUGCUCACAACAUCACUCAGAUGCACACAGACGCACACACAGAGACAGUUACUUGUCACUUGUGUCACUUUUCACGGCGGAUCUCCCACUUCGCCAUGAGCCCAUGCCUCUGCCCCCCUCCUCGCCUUCCCGCAACGGCGCCGCAGAUCCAUUUCCAUCACUUUCCACUUCGUGACCGCGCGAUCGUCUCGCGCCAAGGGUCUGAGAUCUUUCGCAGCGAAUUCGCCUCUUUCGCUUGUUCGAGCGAAAGAGCCUCUCUCUAGCAUAGCCCACGUGCCUACAGCCUCUCCCUGCUCCUCCUGUGAUCCGCCAGCGCCAUGAAGAUCAACGACGAAAGCACACCGAAGAGAAACACCCGCGAAUUUGUCGACGCCGUCACAGGCAACGACAGGGAAAGCAAGCAGAUCCUCAAUGUCCUCAAGGUUGGCAGGGCAACCACACGCACACACACGGCGGGACGUCACAAGGACGCUCGCGCAUGAGUGAGGGGCGGGUGUGUGUGUGUGUGGGUGGGUGGGUGGGUUGGGUGCCUGCAGGGUAUGGAUAAGGACGCCGACGGCAAGUACGACCUCCACGACGUUGUCGCCGCUGCCAAACAGGUGCGCAGCGCAUGCAAGGGACCGGCACAAAGAGGCGGGGGUGCGUGUGUGGGGGGGUGCUAUCGCGUGUGUGCUCUGCAGGUGGUUAAUUCGCAGAACUCCGUCAAGAGGAUGCGGUGUCUCGUGGUGGCGAUAAUCAUCCUGUGGGUCGCCACGGUGCUUGUCAUGUUCGGCCUGACUGCCGCGGCGGUCAAGCUCCUCGACGACAUCAGGGUUAGACACAACAACGGCCUGCUCGAGACAUCCGACGGCAGCAUCUCCAUCCGUAAGCACACCACAGUGCCACACGCACACACAGAUAGGGAGAGAGAGGGUGUGUGUGUGUGUGUGCGUGUGCGCCUCUUUGUGAUGUGUCGUGUGUCGUGUGUUCUGUCAGGCACUCAUCCCAACUUUGCCGACACGAACCUCCUGGACCCGGCGAGCGGCGACAUGACAAUCCGCGACUACGACACUGUUAACACGGUGCGCCACACACACACACACACACACACAAGGAAUGCCACCCUUCCAUCCAUGUGUGUGUCCGUCUCCAGUUCGCGCACACGCUGAGCAGCGGCAAGGAGAUGCUCUUUCGCGUCGACUGGAUGGAGCAGGACCCGGGCAAGUCCAUCACCCUACACAUGGCCGGCGGCUUCACCAUCAUGGCUGACAAAGGUGCGCUCCUUCCCUCCACCCCUCCCUCCUCUGUGCAUCUCUCCAUCUAUCGGCCGUCGGUGUGUUGUGUGAUGGUCAGAGGGUGUCAAGCUGACCGGCCCCGACGAGGAGGAGAUCGACUUUGUGUCACGCGACGCCACCAACAGCACCGGCCGCCGUCUGCAGACAGCGGACAACGCAACGCCGCAAUGCCUCGGCAACCCAGAGGUCUGCUGUGCUCGCGUUGGGGGCGGAUCGUGCCUCUCCGGUAGGUACCACCACACAAGGAACUACAGCACACGUGGAUCGACAGACCUGGGCGGCCAUAUUGGUGGAUGUAUCGGUCAUGUGUGGUGUGGUGUGUGGUGCAGGUUACCGGAAGCAGGCGGGGCUGUAUUCCAAGACGCUCAAGACCAACCUCGGCAAAGUGAGGCAGGCCGCCACACACACAGGCACACACACACACACACACGGACGCCACCAUCUCUUUGGGUGGCUCUCAAUGUUUGUAUGUGUCGCUGUAUGUCUGUCUUGUGUGCAGGAUAACCAGCUCAAGAAGGUUGUGAGCAGCAUGUGGUAGGGAGGCUGAUCGAUGCAGCCAUCCAGCCUUUUGUAGUCGGUGGGGGGCGCUUGUGUGUAUGCGUGUGUGUGUGUGUAUGUGUGUGUGUGUGUGUGUGUGUGUACAUGAGCCUUUAUGGCUCAUAAAUACCUACCUGCCUUCUCACUUGGUUGGUCGGUUGGUGUCCUCCUGGGCACGCAGCCGUCAAUGACAUCAAUGGGGGCGGUGUGCUCUUUUCAUCCCUUGAUCGAUUCAUUGAUUGAGCGAGGAGUGCUUCCGUCGUCUGCCUGCCUGCCUACUGUCUCCCUGCCCUUGAUCGCUUCCUCCCUAUAUCUCUCGCAAUCUCGUUUCUUCGUUCGUGCCGAAUGACGUGUGCCGCCAAUUGUAUUAGUUGCCCACUUUUGUGGCCUCCUCCGGUCAGUUUGCUGCCUUGCUGGGGUAUCAUGUCCUCUGCCGCUACCAUGAUCGGCAAGGCCGUCAAACGUCUUUGCCGGUCAGCGUUGCGGCGGGUGGUGCUGAUGCACUGGCAUGGCACAAGCUGCUGGUGUUGAGAGCAGAGAAGAGAAGACCAGAGAACAAUUGGCUGUCUGUGGGCUGUGGGUGAGUGGCCGUCUGUUUGGUGGUGUUUUGCACCGUACCGUCCCGUGCUGACCUCUCAUCUGAUAACGUCUGUCUGCCUAUCGGUCUGUGGGUCCGCUUCUGUGUGUGUGUGAGUGGCUGUCACCCCAGACGUCAGGGGGCCCCUCGUGCAGCAACCAACUGUGUCUUCACCGAACACAGCUGGUUUCUUGCAAAGGAGGCCCUGAGGCCUGGGAGGCACCGCAAACACACGCACGGACAGAAAGAAUGGCUAGAAAGAUGUCUGCCUGCAAUGUCAGCUACACACGCGCACGAAUGGAUUGAUUGGGGAAUGGUGGAUGUGUUUCUAAUCUCUUCGCUGGUGCCUGUGUUUGGUCGAGGAGGCGGACCGGGGGGGAUGUGCGUGAGAGCGUUGGUGGUACGCACUGCCGCUGUGCCGACCAGAGCUCUCAGGCUGUGCGUACCAACCAGAGCUCUCAGCCUCGUCCUCUUCCUCUGUGUCUGCCCCCAAUCGAUCACCAGCCUCCAGCGUGGCGACAAGUGACAAUGCAAGCGCUGAUGGUUGAGGCCUACAUGCCUUCGGUGGUGUUUUUUCGCCACUCUGGGGAAGUGAGUGGCGGUCUCAGCCAUCAGCAAACAGUAGGGUAGUUGCGUGCGUCCUGUACGUCCAUGCAUUCAGGUUUUUUCGACCUGCGUCUUUGCUUGUGUGUGUACGUAGCUCUAUAGCUAUCUUCAUUCGGCUGGUGACACGAAGCCGCUGAGAGCCUUAGUUUAAUGAUGGUCAGCCUGUGUUCCACGCUUAAGAUGAUUCAUUCAUGGAGAUCUCCAUAAAGAGAAUGAUGGUGCAG